CGUCGAGACCUUUCUUCUUGCUUGCCGCGAGAACCGGCCGGAUCACAAAGCAUAACUGCUUCCACCUUGGCCGCUUUUCAAUGACCAGCGUCCGCAUUUCUGCAUCCCGGUUUGAGGUUUAAUGAGAUGCAAUGCCUGGAUGCCUCGCCCUCACGAGGUGUUUUCUAUUGGUCGGACAAGACCGCCACAUUGCGGGGUGAGAUCUCUCAGCAAGAGAUCGACCGGAAAGGCCUUUUCGCGCGCGCGGCAUUCAAGCUUGAUAUUGACUUCACAGCAUAUCGUCUUUUUUGCGCCACUCACUUUCGCUCGCUCUACCCUGGAGAUGCCAAUAAAGAAGAGCAAUGGAAUGACGACGCACGUCUUGAGAUUUGAGAUGAAAACGCUGCUCCAUUGCCGAAAUACCGAGGAAGGCGGCGAAGAAGCCGUCUUCUGGGGAAUUGUCGACCGAAGAACCGCCUGCAAAACGCGCUCGACUGACGUACGCGCUCAUCGCAGAACAAGGACGGCCUGGAUGCGCCUUCGCACCUCAAUGUGCUCUUCACAAACAAUGUUGAAGCACAUCCGGUUAUACCCCGAAUCCUCUACUUUCGGAUGCCUCAGCCCCGAAUGUACAUAGCGCAUGUACCUUUUCUUCCCAAGAAUCCUCAAGCCUAUAUUCAAACCGCACGCCUAUAUUAUCGCUACCAGAAUUCCGGUCGAUCAGGUACAGUACUCACACGUUCCCGGAUCCAGCUAGCCUCUGAAGCACGAGCCUAUAUUAUCCGCACAUAUAACCGAGCGAUUCCCAAACACGGCACGUCUCAAGCAACUAUUCUAAGCAUGUGGGGUAAAAGAGGCUCGACUUCAGCCACAUGACCAGACUCAAGCCGUCGUGAGCCGUGUUCGAGCCAUUUUGGCUCUGGUGAAGCUCACCGCCGAACCCCUGGUUUGACAGUACG